GAUAUCCUCAAUUUUAUGCCCUCUACUUCCAAUCCCCACAACCCACACGCACACACGCACGCACACACACACACACACACGCACACACGCACACACACAACUUUCACCCAUAUCAUCUUGGUCUUUUGGUUCCAGUGCAAACCAAAACAGCCAGGCACAUCGACAGCCUUAAAACACCCCACCAACUCUCAACACAAUCUAUACCUUGUGUGCCUGCAGCCUCAUCACGGAACUUUAAACAAUACCAAAGUCCUUCCAAAACAACCCAACGGAACCUCUCGAAGCCACCAGGCUAGCUCUCUCACACUCUCUCAGCCAAAAUAAACGCUUGUGUGAUCUCCACAAGAGAGCCUCCUACUCUGCGAAGAACCCUUCUGGAUCGUCCAACCUCGUGGACAUGCGCUCCACAUGAUGAUCCAUCGAACUUUGAAGAGCCACGGACCACAUGCCAAUCACUAUGGCCGAUGAAGGAAAGCAGCGAGCGCUCCUCAGCGACCGUGGCCACCCUAUGCCACGAAGAACCACACCCGAGAAAUCUGUAACCUUACGACACCACCGUCUUGCUCGGGAUGCCUCUAUGAGACCCGAGCCUUCGAGCAACGCUGGUUCUGGCGUCCUCAGGCGGAGAAACUCCUCUGGCGAGAGCCACGAGACCCGACAAAGCGAUCCCAAGCACUGGUUCGACCGUUCUAACCGCAAUCCUCCUGUUGCCUUCGAUCACGCUACUAUGGAUGUCGAUCCACCUUUCUUCCAGAAGCAGUCCGAUUCGUCCAACGAGGAUGUCAAUCCCACCCGGGGUGCUGCAUACCGCUAUCCUACCUCGGGCUACCAGCAGUCUAUGGUGAACAGGCCGCCCAUGCCAGCACACAGCAGCAGCGCGGAUGAUUUUCGAAGCGUCAUUGACGACCUGACCAUCGAGAACAAACGUCUCAAGGAAGAGCUGAAGAGGUACAGGCAGUUUGGCCCAGACGCCCUGCGCAAGGAUAAGCUGUUCGAGAUCAAGUACCAUGGCCUGCCCAAGAAAAAGAAGAUGGAGCUGGAGGCGACGUUGCGCGACUUUGCCUCCAGCCUUGAAGGGUCCCCGACUUCGUCGCAGCAGCGCAAGAAGUCCUCGAAGCACGUGAGCAGGCUCCAGGGCUCAAGCUCCGACUCGAAGCACGCCUCGUCGUCCUCGUCCCACUCACGACCGGUCGAUUCUGCAUAUGCCUCCAUGUCCACCGGUCCCAGCUCCACUGGCCAGUACGCCUCGACGAGCUCCAUUGGCCGGCCGUCUCUGGGCCGCGGAAGGUCGUCCGCCGAGCAGAAGGUGGAGACAUACCUUCGAGAGAUACCAGAGGGCCUGCUUCCCCGUCAUGUCUCCUUGACGGAUAAGGAGAAGAAGAAGUUGGUGGUACGCAGGCUGGAACAGUUGUUUACAGGCAAGGCUGGCGGCAAGAACAAGAAAGCUCGCCGAAAUCAACAGUCUCCUUCGGCGGCCAAGUCGGCCCUAGAGCCUCAGGUGAGCCUCGAGGGGGUGUUCUCCGCGCCGCCCUUACUGCUGGGACAGGCUUCGAACACGACCCAAGACGAGUUAUCCCGAGAGGCGCGCAUACAGCUGCACGAUCCGCGCAAGAAGAACAACACCUCCCGCGACAUGUUGUCAGCAUCCAACUCCAAUGGCGAGAACGAAACGGGUGAGAAUCGGACGGGUAGCGGCAGCGGUAGCAACGAGCACAGCGUUCAGGACAGCUCACCGCAAAAUGGGGAUCUUAGUGAACAAAGAGCGACGAGGCCUCUCGAUCUCGAUCCAGACAGGAUCCAGAAUCCCUCGGAAAAUAUGCAGUACAUUCGCCAUCUUGGCGUCACGGCGCCACAGUACCUGGACGAGACCAAGUUCAGGCAGCAAGACGUCUCGAUGGAUGCGGAUGGCUGGAUUCACCUCAACCUGCUGUGCAAUCUGGCGCAGCUACAUAUCCUCAAUGUAACGCCAGACUACAUCCGCUCAGCCGUUGCCGAGAGGUCUGCCAAGUUCCAGCUCUCCAGAGAUGGUCGCAAGAUCCGCUGGCGUGGUGGGACAGAAGGCACCAAGUUCAGCAGCGACAGCGGUGGGGGCAGCUCUCUGAGAAGUCCCGAUACGGAGGCCACAGAGGGUUCAAACGAGGACGGACAGCGCAAGAGGCAGAAGACAAGCGCCGACAUGUCGGCGCACUCGAGCAAGAGCCAGACGAAGAAGCUUGGUGACCGUGUAUCUGCGUCGUCCGAGAGCUUCCACUACAAGCCCAUGUUUGUGCACAACCAGUCGUCGUCAGUCGAGACCUCUCUGGAUGACACCGCCUCGCAUGCCUCAUUCGCGCCCGUCGAGAACAGCAACAUGAACUCCCGCUCCACAGGCUUCGUCAGCGGUUCCGGCUCAUCGCCACGGAAGAAGCGGCGGCGCGAUGGUGCCAUCAUCUACUACACCGGUGCGCCCUUCUGCCUGGACCUCUCGGGUGACCCGAGCGAUAUGUCGCCCACCACCUACAUGACGUCCUCGGGCCACGAGCAGGAGAGUCUGCAGACACAGACAGAGGAUGGAAUGCCGACAUUAGCUCGUACAGACUCUGGCUCCUCGCUUCCCUACCGCCCUCUCGUCGAUGGAUCGGAAUCGUCGGGUCUGGACGACGCGUCGUCUGAGCUUGUGACCGACGAGGGAGGCGCCUCGAAUCCUGAGGAAUAUGGUUUCUGUUGGUGCGAGCAUCCCGAGAAGACCCAACUCAAUCCUCUCCAGGCCUGCUUAGAGCCUUGUGGUCUGGGCGGUGUCACUCCGGAGGACCACUUUGCCGUGCUGGUCGUCACGCGACAUCCCAUCCUCGCCGGGUAUCAAGGUCGGCCAGGCGCCGUUCGUCUCCAGUCAAAUGAGACGACAGACUCGAUUGCGAACCAGAUUGCUGGGCUGUCGACCGGCUCGCCGCGCACACCAGGGCACGUCUCUGAGCGCACCCCACGCGUUCAGGUGCAGGUGCUGCAAGAGAGAUACAAGGAGUUGAAACCACUCCCACUGCCUCCUCCUGCCAUCUUCUACCCCCCUUUCACCGAGACCACGGAGUCGGACGACUCGGGGUUCGAAGAUGACUACGUGGAGGAUGACGAUAACUCAGACGUGAUCAUGGAUGACUCGGGAGAUGCCAUCUCACAGCGGGCUAAUCCUCACCAGUCAGAGGCCGAUUACGCCGUGAUUAGCGACCAGACCUCGAGUGAGGAGGACCGCUUCGGCACCGGCGCUAUGAAGUCGAACCCCAGAGUGUCAUUUGACCCUGUCCAGAGGUUGUCAGGGGUCCCGCGCCCUGGCCAGAGCUUCACCAAGGGUAUCGACACACAGCCCGACAGCUCUGGUGCCACGGCUGGCGAAGCGAGCGGUUACUCCUCUGGUCGCGAGGAGUCGGGCUGAACGGCCUCGUUGGAGCACUCCAUGUGUGUGCAAAACCCAGACACUGUCGCAUGAUUCACACUACAGGACUCUGGGAUGUUUUUCGGGACGCAUGAUAUAAUUUACUGCAUUGUUUGGGGUGUAAUUUAUUCUCUUUCUUCCUGGCUUUAGGACACACAGCGAUGCGGGUUAACGCAAGGGUUAUAUUUAUAUGGAUGGAAGGGAUGGAUUGAGGGUUUUAUGUGGUGUGUUUUUUUCUGGUUACGGAUUCUAUGAUACCAUCUUCUUCGUGUGUUGUGUGUCCUCGGAUCCCCAAGAAAAAGAAUGUUUGUUAUUUGGUGAGCGGGCGUAUUUUGGGCAAUACUUUCUACAAAGCAUCCCUUUGGUACCUUUAUUAUAUGCUUUUUGGCAUAAUGGCAUGAGCCAGCGAGCAACAUGAUUUCGGGUAAUCGUCUCAAAAAGAAAACCAACUUGAUCACUUC